AUGCAUCGGGUUUAGGUUCUGCUUUAAUAGAAUUAAAUUGGUGAUGAAGGUGCAUCAGGUUUAGGCUUUGCUUUAGGAAAUUGCUCUAAUCUCUCAAAUUUGAAUCUUUGCCUUGCUUACAAUAAAAUUGGUGCAAUUGGUGGAUCAGGCUUAGGUUCUGCUUUUUCAAAUUGCAGUAAUCUCUCAGAUUUGAAAAUUGACCUUGCUGGAAAUAAAAUUGGUGACGAAGGUGCUUCAGGCUUGGGUUUUGCUUUAGUAAAUUGCACAAAUCUCUCAAAUUUGACAUUUGAACUUCCUUAUAAUAAAAUUGGUGCAAUAGGUGCAUCAGGCUUAGGUUCUGCUUUAGGAAGUUGCACUAAUCUAUCAAAUUUGACGCUUAAUCUUGACCACAAUUAAAUUGGUUAUGAAGGUGUAUCAGGCUUAGGUUUUGCUUUAAGAAAUUGCACUAAUCUUUCAAAUUUCCAACUUAGCCUUGUGAUUCGAACCCCCGAUAUCACUGCUAAGACCCUCCGACUCGCCCACUCGAGUCGCUUAGCCCUUCUUUAAAUUGGUGAUAAAGGUGCAUCAGGCUUAGGUACUGCUUUAGGAAACUGCACUAAUCUCUCAAAUUUAACACUUCUCCUUCAAAAGUGUUAAAUUGGUGCAACUGGUGCAUCAGGCUUAGGUUCUGUAGCAGAUUGCGCUAAUCUUUCAUAUUUAAUACUUGACCUUAAUUAAAAUUAAAUUGGAGAUAAAGGCGUAUUAGGCUUAGGUAAUGCUUUAGCAAAUAGCACUAAUAUCUCAAAUUUGACACUUAACCUUAAUGAAAAUUAAAUUGGUGACAAAGGUGCAUCAGGUUUAGGCUUUGCAAUAGCAAAAUGCACUAAUUUCUCAAAUUUGACACUUAGCCUUGAAAAUAAUUAAAUUGGUGAUUUAGGUGCAUAAGGUUUAGUUUCUGCUUUAUCAAAUUGCACUAAUCUCUCAAAUUUGACACUUGAUCUCGAUUUGAAUUAAAUUGGUGAAAAAGGUGCAUCAGAUCUUAGUUCUUCUUUUAGAAAUUACACUAAUCUUUCAAUUUUGAAACUUAACCUUGCUGCAAACUAAAUCAAUGAAUCAUAAAAAUUGUAAAUAGAAAGAAAGUGUCUUAAAUUAAAAAGAUUAAUUGUCUUUCAAAAAUUAAUCUGA